CUGACAUUUGUUUUUCUUUUUCUUCUUAACCUUAUCGCCAAAAAAAAAAGAACAUCAUUCAACAACAACAGCGACAUUUCGACUCCAAAAUACAUAACAUCUUCGUGAUUAGGUUUUGUCCAAUUCUCCUAUCUUCCUUUCUUCAUGAAUCAUAAUCAUGUUAAGACUUUUCUUGAUAUUUGGGUUUGAUCUGGGUCGAAGGAUCCAUAAAUGUUCAAUUGCCAAAAACAUAUGAACAUGAUGAUUCUUGACUCUUUGUCGUAGGUUUAAUGAUUUCCUGGCUCUAAUGAGAUGAUUAAGUAAAACCCUGCUCGAAAAUUUCCAACUUUUUGAUUCGUUUCGUGAUCCGUUCUCUUGAGAAAUUUGAGUUUCAUCAUGUGAUAACUGGAGGCUAUAAACAUUGAAAUCUCCCAAAUUUUGUACAAUUUUACUGACUCUAAUGGUGAGAAAAGUAUAAACCUGUGAUCGAAAUUUUGGGACUUAUGAUUCAUUUUGUGAUCCUUUUUUAAGGAAAUUGAGGUUGAUCAUGUGAAAUUAUUUUCUAACAGAAUUGUUUGAUUUUGUAUACAACGUUUCUUGAUUAGCAAAAAAGAAAAAAAAUGGCAAGGUCAGGGGUUGAUGAGACAUCAGAAUCUGGAGCUUUUGUAAGAACAGCAUCAACAUUCCACAACUUUGUUUGACAAGAUCCUCAUUCUCAGUUUCAAGCUGAAUCAGGAAGAUAUCAUCUUUACAUAUCUUAUGCUUGUCCAUGGGCUUGUAGAUGUCUUUCUUACUUGAUGAUCAAAGGCCUUAAUGAUGCAAUCAGCUUCUCGUCGGUUCAUUCUAUUUGGGGAAGAACCAAGGAAACUGAUGAUCAUAGAGGAUGGGUGUUCCCGGAUUCAGAUACCGAGCUCCCUGGAGCUGAGCAUGACUAUCUUAAUGGUGCAAAGACUGUGAGAGAACUCUACGAGAUUGCUAGCCCCAACUAUGAAGGGAAGUACACUGUUCCUAUUCUGUGGGAUAAGAAGCUUAAGACUGUAGUUAACAAUGAGAGUUCAGAGAUUAUCCGAAUGUUCAACACUGAGUUCAAUGGUAUUGCGAGAAACCCGUCUCUCGACCUUUAUCCUUCUCAUCUCAGAGACAGAAUUGAUGAGACUAAUGAAUGGGUUUUCAAUGGGAUAAACAACGGUGUUUAUAAAUGUGGGUUUGCUAGGAAACAAGAACCUUACAAUGAGGCAGUGAACCAGUUAUAUGAAGCAAUAGAUAGAUGUGAGGAAAUACUCGAAAAACAGCGGUACAUUUGCGGAAACACUUUCACUGAAGCAGAUAUCAGAUUAUUCGUCACCCUCAUAAGAUUUGACGAGGUUUAUGCGGUUCACUUCAAAUGCAACAAGAGACUCUUAAGGGAGUACCCGAAUAUCUUCAACUACAUAAAAGACAUCUACCAAAUCCAGGGCAUGAGCACUGUGAACAUGGAACACAUUAAGCAACAUUACUACGGGAGCCACCCUACAAUAAACCCGUUUGGGAUCAUCCCUCACGGACCGAACAUCGACUACUCUUCACCUCAUGACCGCGACAGAUUCUCCUCAUGAAAAAUCAUACAUCAUAUGUCAAAUGUUUUAUCUCCUGUCCUAAAAAUAACAGCCUUGACAAAUCAUGUCUCUGUUUUUUUUUUGGUUUAAAAGUUGAUACUUGUGUGGAAAUGUUGGAACUUGGAAGUGAUGUUACUAAUGUUUCUACAUUUUGCAAAGUGAUUAUAUUUUUGAGAAUAACUUAAAUGUUGAAACACUUGGAGAAAAGCUUUUUGAUA